AUGAUAUUUAUUAUUACUCUUUUAUUAUGUAUAUUAGGUUGUUUUGCUCAAAACUUAACAAUUAAUAUCUUUCAUGUUGGACAAGCUGAUUCUCAGUUGUUAAUAUUCCCAAGUGGGUAUACUGUUUUAAUUGAUUUAGGUGAAAAUAGAGAUGAUUUUGAACCAACUAAUGCUAAAUACAUUACUAAACGAUUAACAGAACUUGUUCCAAGUAAGACAAUUGAUGUUUUAGUAUUAACUCACAUUCACUUAGACCAUUUUGGAUAUCCAGCCAACCAAACGGGAUUGUGGUAUUUUAUUGAGAAAAGUGGAUUUAAAAUUAAGAAAUAUGUUGGCAGAAAUAUCGGUACAUAUGAUGGAAAUGAUAUUUCAAAAUGUAAUAAAGAUACUAUUAACUGGAAAUAUGUAGGAGAAUAUGAACAAUACAAUGUUGAUUGGAUUUGUUAUGCACACACCCUACAAAACCAAAAUUAUAUUAGUAGUAUUAGAGAAUUAGCUGAUAUUUGUUCUACGUCACAGAUCCAUCCUCCUGAUAAUAAUGCUAGUAUUCAAAUUGUGAUGGCUGAUGCUUUCACUGUAAAGAAACAAGAUGGAAAUUUAGUAGCUAGUGAUUGGCACGAUACAAAAGAUGCACCAAGUGAAAAUGAUUACUCUAUUUCAUUAAGAAUUCAAUUUGGAGAAUUUGUUUAUUUUACUGGAGGAGAUUUAGAUGGUUCACAAGACUUUGCUUGGGGAAAUGAAAUUAGUAAUGCAGAAGAAAAAAUCGAAAAAAUUGUUGGUUCAGUUGAUGUGUAUCGAGUUAACCAUCAUGGUGACUAUCACUCUUCAAGCAAAUCAUUCUUAGAAGAAAUGAAACCAACUGCCUCUAUCGUUUCAUGUGGUGAUCAUAACAGAUAUGGUCUUCCACAUCAACCAACAAUGAAUAGGUUAUCAUUAUAUAGUAAAACAGUAUAUUUGACAGAGGAUUGUAAUUCAAAUGUUACCAGUGUAUUUGAUAAUGUUCAUAUUAUGAAUGAGGACGUGAUUAUUACAAUUCCAAUUGGUACUAAUUAUUAUGAAAUUCAUGACCCAAUAAGAAAUUACACCAAAAUGUUUAAAAUAAAACAGAAUAAAGAAGAACGAAAAGAUUGUUAUUCUUUAUUUUACAAUGGAACAUCAUUAACAUUUCUAAGUUUAUGUUUACUUCUUUUACUAAUUGCUUAA